AUGUAAUUAUUCAAUGUGAUGAAUCUUUAUCGUUAUUGAUAAGAGUCAUUUUCAGUAUUUUUAAUGAAAGUUUAACUUGUUCUGAAGGUAUCAAAAUCUUAAUUACCUAAUCCAAAAUGGUUCAUCCUUUGUCUUUAUUGUGUCGGUGAUCUUGAUUUUAUUAACAUUGAAGGUCUAGGUGGAUGUGAGAAAAUGCUGAACAGAAGUAUAUUUAUGAAAAAAUGUAACCAUUUUCAUUUGUGUCAGACCUGAGAUUGACUAUUCAAUUGAGGCAGAAAUUGGUAGUGGAUUAUCUGGUAGUCCGAGUCACUAUUAUAGUGUCCAGGUCACUUUCCAAUGGCUAUUGGAACUUAUAAACAGUUUUUAAAGCUUCUCGAAAAGUACUAUGGUUAUACUCAGGACGAGAUUCAAUUUAUGCUGACGAAGGAUUUGACCAAAUCAUUAAGAGAUUAGUUGAAAUUGUCGCUGAUCAUCCAAAAAAUUAACUUUAUUUUCUUAAAGGUGGAAAUGGAUUUUUGAGCUUUUCGUUAAUUGUGAAUAUGUAAUCAAGCAAAGAUAGUUAUCGAUGACUAUGACAUGAAAAUAUCUUUCAAUUGAAGAGAAACUGUUGAAAUUGUAAUAAAUACCUUCCUUUGAUACGUAGAUGGGAUCAUUUCUUGCUCGACCAGGAACACCAACAGUCAUGGACGAAGGAAUUAAAAUUCUGGUUGAUACAACCAUCGCUAAAUCAAAAGUUGUGGUGUUUUCCAAAACCUAUUGUCCUUUUUGUAAACGGGCGAAAGCAGUUCUAACCAAGUACCCAAUUAAACCCGAUCAAUUGGAGAUCAUCGAGAUUGAAAAGCGACCUGAUUGUUCAAGUAUUCAAGCCUAUCUAAAGGAAAUUACUGGAGGAUCAACGGUUCCAAGAGUUUUCAUCGAUGGUAAAUUUAUUGGAGGUUGUGAUGAUACCGUUGCUUUGGAUAAUAAAGGUGAACUUGAACAAUUAUUGGUAUCAUGUGGAGCUUUGUAAACCAGAUUUGAUUGCAACAAUUAACUACAUGAUUAAUUCAUUUUUCUUCUAUGUUAUUCUUGGUUUAUCAUUUUCUCCUUUCAAUUCUAAUGCUACAAUUUAAUGGAUCAUCAACCAUCAUCAUGGCUGUGCCUCUGUUACAAUAUAUCAUCAAUACCGAUAUUUCUGAUGAACAACAUUUUUUUUAAUUAAACAAAAAUCAACUACUUCAAAUCAUAAUAAGCUAGAAUAAGCAAAUUAUGAUAACAAUUAUAUUUAUUACUUGUAAUUGUUUGAAACAAUUUGUUUCUUUCACUCUCCCUACACUUUUAGAUCCUUUUACCAUAUUCUCAAUAUGAAUUUCUUCCCGUUCCACCAAAAUGGAGCAAUAAUGAUUCAAUUUCAAUGAAAUCGAUUGUCGAUAAUUAAAUUUACGACCAAUAAAACAAUAAAGAUUAAUAAUUGAAUAGAAACAAAAAAA